CCAGUUUUGUGGUUAAGUCCGAUAACACAGAGUCAGUGACACAAACGCUCCGACUCCGACUCCGACACAUCAAUGGUGUUGCAAUUGUCGAAGCUCCCAUUAUUUCGCCGUUGCGGGUGGCUUAGCUCCAGCAAUGGAGUCUUCUUCACAUCCGAACAUCAAAACUUCUCUCAGCUUCCAGUGAGAUGGCCCAACACCCACAAAAAUUGUCCAGUCAGAAGCUUCGCCACUCUAAAGUCAGGAAAAGUUAUACCACCAAAGAAGAAGAAGAGAUUGGAUGAAGUAUGUCUUGAAAGGUUUCAGCAGUACAGUCGAAACUACAUUCAAUCAUGGAUCCUACAAGGCAAGGUAAUUGUUGAUGGGAGAGUUGUAACUAAAUCUGGACACCCUGUUUCUGAUAAAUCCGUUGUGGAAAUCAAGGCUGAAAUCCCAAAAUAUGUAUGUAGAGCAGGACAUAAAUUAGAAGCUGCCAUUGAACAGCUAGGAAUUGAUGUUACUGGUAAAGUGGCUCUUGACUCAGGGCUAUCUACUGGAGGGUUUACUGAUUGCUUGCUUCAGUAUGGUGCUUCUUUUGUUUAUGGUGUUGAUGUAGGAUAUGGACAGGUGGCGGAUAAAAUUCGUCGAGAUGAACGUGUCUCGGUUAUUGAAAGGACAAACCUAAGAUAUCUUACUGAACUUCCUCAGAAAGUUGACUUGGUGACUUUGGAUCUUUCAUUCAUUUCUAUACUUGUGGUCAUGCCUGCUGUUAUUAGCCUGAUGAAAGAAGAAGCUACUUUAGUUACACUAAUCAAACCUCAAUUCGAGGCUCGUAGAUCACAAGUGGGAGGAGGUGGAAUUGUGAGAGAUCCCUUGGUUCAUCAAGAGGUGCGUGAAAAGAUAGUGAAGGGUGUGGAAGAUCUAGGAUUCCAAUGCAAUGGCUGGAUAGAGUCUCCAUUAAAGGGUGCUGAAGGAAACAUAGAAUUCCUGGCUUGUUUUAGUAGAACAACCGAUAUAAGAGUUGACUCACCAGUUAAAGUAGAGUAGAUUAUUAGAAUAACUAAAGUUUUGGGAACAGAUGUUAUAAAAGUAUCCAAUGUUAAUGACAGCAUGAAAUGAAAUGUUCAUACUAAUUUAGCUUUUUAGCAUUUCAAGUGGUAAUUUUAGACCAAACACUUGGCCUACCACUGUAAACCAUGAUACCAAGUAUCUGUCUGUUGAAUUAUGAUCAGCAAGAAGUAGCUUCAUCCACUCGCUUGUCCCACAUGGAUGUAACAUGUACCAUGGUCUAUUCAAGUAUGGGUGCUCCUAUAUAGUUAUGAAAGUCCAUUUUGAAUCCAUCAGCACAUCGCUCGAUUUGCUUGGUAGGUUCUUUUCAAUUUCACCAACGUUUAGAGGUUGUCCAUC